AUGGCACUCACCAAACUGGAAGAGAGUUUUCGGAACUCUGGCCGCGAUCAUGCAAAACUGUCAAAACUAGUACCAUACUCUGGUCUUAUCCUCACUGUCACAUGCGUGGUCAUCUUCCUUGUCCGAGUCUACGUUCUGGAACCGCUCGUCAAACGCUUCGCCACACAGUACAAGAUCCUUGAUCAAGCACAACGAAGGAGUCUCAUCAAUCAUUAUGUGGCCGCAAGCAUCAAACUUAUCCUGGUAGUUGUCGCCGUCUAUCCUGCGAUCAUGAUCAUCUCUGGGCACUGGAAUCUACAAUCCUCCUUCGGCAGUCAGAAGGUCACUUACGGGGAUGUCCUUCUCUGUGUCUUCGAAGUUUUCACGUCAAUGUACAUUUUCGAGCUCUUCUACCGCGANAAAGUCAGCUAUAUUAGCGCUGCUCAUCACAUCGGCGCCAUAAUCAUCACACAAACUGCCACUGUACUGUUUCACGAUCCAAAACACAGACAAGACGCUGAACUUGAGUUUAUACUCUGCUUGCUCUGGGGCAUCUUCGACAUACUCGCCGAGUUCUGGCCACACGCUGCCGUCAUCAUCUACCGUACUUGGCCGAAGCAGCAUACGAUGCUGGCAAACAUUUUCCUUGCGACUGCAAUCCUCGAAGUCAUUGGAACUGUGGUGGAAACUAUCACCGUCUUCUCCAUCUUCUUCUCGCUUUGGAAAGAGUGGACUAUCGAGUUCAAAGUCCUGAGUCCGACUUUGCAUUUGCUAUUCAGGUGUGCGCAGCUCUGGGGAGCAAGAGUGUUUUGGCUCAUGUCGCAGCAGCACCGUAGAGAUGCUGAUGGGAGUAUUGCGGAGGAAAUCGCGCCAAACGAUGUAGUACCUGCUUAUCAACGAGAGGCGAUAUCUGACAAGGAGGAGCCGUACAACGGUCACAAGAAUGUCGAACAGAUGGCGUGA